AUGUUAAAUCUCUCACUACCAUUAUCUUUAUUCUUUCAUAUUUUCUUUUUUGCAAAUGGCCGAAGAUAUGGUCAUGGCCUUUUAGUCGACCUGUCCACUCGACCAGGUGGAAGCCAUCAACACCGUUCAACUGCAGAUGUCUGGCAUUUAGUGUGGGAGAGUUGGAAUAUCGAGUUAGGAGACACAACUACAGCAUGGCAUUAUCUAGAGCGUGGCCCCAAACUAUAUCUAUCUAUCUAUCUAUCUAUCUAUCUAUCUAUCUAUCUAUCUAUGCGUACAGUUUAUCUCAGUUUUUUUCUAUCUAUAUCAACCGUUGUCUGCCUUAGUCUGCUCAUGAUCUACUUAUUUAUGCGCAUCAUAUUUUUACGUUCUUUCUUUCAUUUGUAUUUAGCUUUUGAUUCUUUGUACCCUAUUUAUUUUUUCCUUCUUUCCUUCCUUCCUUUUGUUGUAACAUUUUUUUCUUUCUUUCUUUUUCUUUCUUUCUUUCUUUCUUUCUUUCUUUCUUUCUUUCUUUCUUUCUUUCUUUCUUUCCUGUUUUUGGAACCUUUCCUUUCUUUGUGUCCAUUAAUUCUUUUCUUUCUUUCCUCCUUUCUUUGGAAACCUUUUCUUUCAUCCUUUUAA